UUGUUUGUUUCAGCUCCUUACAUAUAUGUAUGGUGUACUUAUAAAGGGUUAAAACAAAAUUCAGACGCCUGUAUCUCUUCGAGUUUUCGUCUCCUAGAUAAAAGGCUUAUAUAUUCAAACUCAGGUCGGAGAGAGGAAUCGAAUGGUAUAUACCGUAAAUUCUCUAAUAGAAGCACACCCUCCAAUAGAAGCACACCAUACGGGAGAAUCAAAAAUAAAAGCACACUCUCUAAUAGAAGGACGCCCUCUAAUAUAAGCAAACCUUACAAGAGGGUCGAAAAAUACAAGCGCAUGCUUAGAGGGAGCUUCUAUUAGAGAAUUUACGGUAUUUCGAAUCCAGCUUCUUGCUCCCACGUACUAUUGGGACCCUCGUACUUUAGUAAUCCCCAACAAAACAUUUGAAAAUGUUCUAGAAUUUUCUUUAAAUCAUUUAUCAAUUUCUGAAUCUCUUAGCUUCAAUUGUGAUAAUGGCAUUUUAGAGGAAUAUAUUGACAUUUUAUUCAAUAUUUUAAUAAAUGAAGGCAAUAAAUUACCAAAAAUUUGUUUUACUAGUUAUAAGUUAACAAGGCUCUAUGAUCUUAUCAUAAAAUAUAUAACAACAUCAAAAGACUGUUCAAAAAUGGUGGCUGUUAUUAAUUUAACAUGUCUUUCCUUCCCAAAUUUUAAAUUAAGCGACAGAGCAGAAAAAGUCGAGAUUAGACAAGUAUAUGAUACAAAAUAUAUAAAUUACCAAAUUGGCAAUAUUUUUAAUCCAAAAAUGAAAUUUUCAUUUAACAUUGAAGAAUUUAGAGGAGAAGCAAUCUUUCACACUCAUUUCGAUAGAUUAAAAAUUGAGAAAGUUAAAAUUUUGUCUGAUUAA